AGAGAGAGGGAGGGAGAGAGGGAGGGAGGGGGUCUACUGGUAAAGAUAAACAGCCGAGGAGCCUCUGAGCCACAGGAACAUGGCGGCUCCGGCCCUGGACGCCGCUGCCGCUCCGUCCCGCUGACCGACACCUCACCGACAACACCGAGCGACACAUCCCGCUCUGCACGCACCAACUCUCAGUGAGGACUGAAUGAUGAUGGAUUUACCCAAGAUGCUUUGCAUAUGAGGUGCUGAUAUUUGCUGAAGAUGAGUAGUGGGGGGGGAAACACCCCGGAGCCCCCCAGAGGGGGAGAGUCUCUGAAGAGGAAGGACUGUCAGUCAGACCUCCUGGGGCCCAGCCCGAAGAGGAGCACUGAGAGGAGGAACCGGGAGCAGGAGAACAAGUACAUCGAGGAGCUGGCCGAGCUGAUCUUCGCCAACAUCAACGACAUGGACGACCUCAACGUCAAGCCGGACAAAUGUGCCAUCCUCAAGGAGACGGUGAAGCAGAUCAGGCAGAUCAAGGAGCAGGAAAAAGCUCCAGUGGCGGAUGCUGAGGAGGUGCAGCAGGCGGACAUCUCCUCCACAGGACAGGGUGGCAUUGAUAAAGACGCCCUUGGGCCCAUGAUGCUGGAGGCCCUGGAUGGCUUCUUUUUCGUGGUUAACAUGGAGGGCAACAUAGUGUUUGUCUCGGAGAACGUCAGCCAGUAUUUGCACUGCCAGCAGGAGGAGCUGAUGAACACCAGCGUCUACAGCGUGCUGCAUGUUGGAGAUCACGCAGAGUUCGUCAAGAACCUCCUGCCCAAGAGCCUGGUCAAUCAUCGCAGUGGUGAUUCAUCCAACAGGAACAGCCACACGUUCAACUGCCGUAUGUUGGUCAACCCUCGCGGCGACGGCGAAGCCAGGCCGGCGUCUGACCAACAGGACACGUCUCAGCAGAAGUAUGAGACCAUGCAGUGUUUUGCCGUCUCCGAACCCAAGUCCAUCAAGGAAGAGGGGGAAGAUUUCCAGUCAUGUCUCAUCUGUGUGGCAAGAAGAGUUCCCGUCAAAGAGAGACCUGUGAUGCCCACUUACGAGAGCUUCACCACGCGACAGGACCUUCAAGGUAAGAUCACGUCCCUGGACACUAGUCUGCUCCGUGCGUCCAUGAAGCCGGGCUGGGAGGACCUGGUCCGGCGCUGCAUUCAGAGGUUUCACCUGCAGAAUGACGGGGACAUGUCCUUCGCUAAGAAACAUCAGCAAGAUGUGUUGAGGAACGGCCAUGCUCUCAGUCCUCUGUACAGAUUCUCCCUGGCUGACGGCACCAUCGUGUCAGCUCACACCAAGAGCAAGCUGGUCCGAUCUCAAGCCACCAACGAACCGCAGCUCUACAUGUCCCUGCACAUCCUGCAGAGGGAGAACAUGGCAGGCAUGACUGCAGACAUAUCUGGCGGGCAGGUCAUGGCCAAGCCAAUGACCCCAACCAGUGUGAGUGGUCCGUUGCCUUCCCCUGAUGCUAGUGUCACCAGCAACACGCACCACUCUACCGCAGCCUCCAGUGCCCCUGGUCGUGGUUUCGGGGCCGUAUCGGGUCGGGCGCCCACGCCUCAGGGAAGCAGCCACGCACUGAAGCUGGGCAGCCCUUCAGCCCAGGGAAGCCCCAGCGUCUCCUCGGGGUCCCAGUGUGCUAUACUGUCUCCUCGUCAUCGACAGAGCCCCAGCAUGGCGGCCAGCAGCAGUUGUAGCAGCCCUCACCUCUCUCAACAUCCCCCUGGUUCUUUCUCUCCUGCAGCUGGACUCCACUCGCCAGCAUCUGUGUGCAGCAGCACAGGAAACAGCCAAGGGUUCAACUCCCUUAGUGCACUGCAGGCCCUUAGCCAGGGCCACCGGGUUUCCCUCACCGAGGGGCAUCCGGAGUCACCUGACAGAAAGGCGAUCUGCCUUCAGAGCCCUCUUCACAGCGGUAGCGGUAGCCAGCAAGCCAAGAACAAUCCCAACCUAGAGUCUGACUUACUGGGGACAUUUGGGGAGCAGCAAGACCUGUUGUCACCCCAGAACCAGGAGGGCGAGCAGGGAAAGGAUGCUGACAGCUUCGAUGGCAAUGGAAGUUUGGGUGAGCUCAACGACGCCCCAAAUCGCCUUCUGAACACAAAAGGGCACACUAAGCUGCUCCAGCUCCUCACCACCAAACUAGAGCCCAACGAUCCUUGUUCGCCCCCCCCACUGGGGGAGGACCAGAACUGUAAGGACCAGCUGGGCGGGAUUGGCGGUGUGGGUGGGGCCGGGCAUAACAACCACUCCACCUCGCUAAAGGAGAAACACAAAAUUCUCCACAGGUUGCUGCAGAACAGCACGUCACCGGUGGAGUUGGCCAAGCUGACGGCUGAGGCUACCGGGAAAGACCCCAUUGGUCCAGAGUCAGCUUCAGGGGACAACAUGGCCGCCCUGGGGGAACUCUGUGCAAAACAGGAGCCGGGCAGCCCCAAAAAGAAGGACAAUGCGUUGCUGCGCUAUCUCUUGGAUAGGGACGAUAACGGGAUCCUGGAUAAAGCCAUCAAGAUGGAACCCAGCGACGGACCCAAGCUGUCCAACGUUAAGACAGAAAAAGAGGAUGCAGGUUACAACAUGGCGGACCAGGCCAGUGAGUUGGAGGACUUGCUGGAGGACCUGCAGAGCGGCGGACAGCAGCAGCAGCAGCUGUUCACGAGCCAGCCACCAGUCAGAAGACCAGCCUCCUCUUCGUCCUCCUCUUUCUCUGUGCCGCCUGGUUCCUCUGUGGACAAACAGAGCAUCAUAAGCGACAUUCUGCAGAUGACGGACAGCAGCAGCAGCCCCCCCAACCAGCACAGAGCCUUCCCUCCCAUCAGCCCUGCAACAGGCUUUAACGGUGCCAGGCCGGGCCAACCGGGUCGAGCUGCUCCUCCAGUCAGGUGCUCUUCUCUGGAUGGCAGUAUGGGCCCCAACCCCAACGCUGCCAGGCAAUUUCCUCCUCAGCACAGGAACAACGGCCCCUACUCCUUACUGCAGCAGCAACCGCAGCAAGGCAUGAUGGGAACCCACCCAGGCAUGGCCAACCAAGCUGCAAUGGCCAAUCCAGCCAUGCUGAGUAACGGCCCAAUGCGGGGCUCCAUGCAGCAGGGCUGGGGUCCCCAGGGGCCCAUGAUGGGCCAAGGGGUCGGACCAGGUCGGAUGGUCCCUAACAUUAACGCUGCGAUGGCCACCAGAGGCCCACCGGGAUCCAGAGCCAUGGUCAACAUGCAGAUGAUGGGCAACGAGAUGGAGAUGGCAAACCCAACCUACCCUCAGCAACAAGCUCCGCCCAAUCAGACAGUGCCCUGGCCAAACCAAAUGAUGGCUAUGGAUCAUUAUGGAAACCAAAGCAGGCCACCGUACGGCGUCCCCCAGGAGGAUGGGAUGCGGUGUUGUGGCACAGGGACUGAGGGCCCGCCAGAUGAAGGGGCCCUGCUAAACCAGCUCUGCUCAGUGCUGAAGGACUAUGAGGGUCUGGAGGAAAUCGACAAGAUGCUGGGAAUCCCCACGUUAGCUGGACAGGGUCCCAUGUCAGACCAGGACCAGUACCUGGGCUCCUCAGACCCAGCGGCCAACAUGAAGCCUCUCCUGUACAGUCAACACUACAGCAGCCAACCAGGUUAUGGCGGCAUGCCUCCUGACGGCGGGUUCCACGGCCCCUCUAUGAGUGGUCACAUGGGACCACAGAGGAUGCCGCCCGCUGGUUACCCCCCGAUGAUGAGGAUGCCUGGGAGCGCGGGGCCCAGGCCGGUCGGGAUGAGGCCGAAUCCAGGAGUGGCUCAGCCCAACAACCUGAGGCUGCAGCUCCAGCACAGACUCCAGGCCCAGCUGAACCGUCAGCCGAUGGUAAACCAGAUGAGCGGAGUGUCCAAUAUGAAUCUACCUCUAAGGUCUAAUGUACCAAACCAGGGAACCCUCAAUGCCCAGAUGCUGGCCCAGCGUCAGCGCGAGUACCUCAGCAACCACCUACGCCAACGCCAACAGCAGCAGCAACACGUGCACCAGCAGCGUGCCAUGAUGAUGCGGACUCAAGGCAUCAAUAUGCCGCCUAACAUGCCCAGCGGGGGCGCCGCUCCCACGCCGAUGCCCAUAGGUGGCACCAACCCACGGCUCCCGCAGGGCAACCCGCAGCAGUUCCCCUACCCGGCCUCCAGCUACGGUACCGGCCUGCCCUCUCCUCCUCCACCUCCUCAUCCCAGCUCCUCCAGCCCCUUCUCCUCCCCUCUCUCCCCCAGCCAUCAUCUGGCUAGCCAGGGCAUGAUGGGAAAUGUAGGCGGGCAGUACAGCGGGGUAAUGAGUCCUCCAGCACAGCACAGUGCCUACCAGUUCAGCAGUUCAGCAGGAAUGAGCCAGCAACAGCAACACCAGGACCCCGUGUCAGGUUUUCCCUGUGGGGCUGCGACCCCGCAGAGCCCUCUGCUGUCCCCCAGGAUGGGGCAGGGUCAGAGUCCCAUGAUGCAGCAGAACCAGGGCCAACCCCAAACCCAGCCCCAGGGUCCGAACCAGAGAGCAGCACCCAGCUACCAGCAGAGCACCGGAUGGCCCCAUUCUGCCAACAUCUCCACCAGCAGCAGUGUGUACCCUCAACAGUCCCAGUCCCAGUACUCAACACAACCCAACGGAGGAAUGUACAACAGCAACAACAACAUGAGCCUGGGGGUCAUGGCCAGCAACGGGGGCAACAUGAACCAGAUGUCGGGACAGAUGAGCUCCAUGAAUACAGAGCAGGUGAAUGAUGACAGCCUGAUCCUGGAGCAGCUGGUGGGAAUUGACAUGUUGACGCAAGAGGGUGAAGCCAAUUCUAAUUUCUGCUGACCCCCGCUGUGGUUGAGACAAGGUAACACAGGAGCCUAUGCAAAAACAGUGAAAGCUGCUCAGCUCAUGGUAAAGCAUCUCGGAGUUGGUGGACACACGAUGGAAACAAACACUGCUCCCUCUGUCCCAGCGGCCGACUCUGAGCCUCUGUAGGGAGGACAGACACAUACUGUACAGAGAGAGUUCACUUUAUGUGACACUGAAUGGUUGACGAGCAUAAAUGAAACCUCUGGAUUUUAUCUUUUAUGGUUCUAUUUUAGAGCCUGACUGAAAAACGUCAAACGAGAACGUUUAUGAAAAAUAUUUUACAGGUAUUUAUAGUUUUGAAGAAGUUUUAGAGAUUCUUUGUAUGACAUUAAAAAAAAUCAAGAAUAUCUUUCUUUAAGAAAAUCUCUCAAAGUGGUACAUUUUGAUGUCGAUUUUAAAAUUAAUAUAUUUCAACUGCUGUAGUUACAGGGGAGCUGUAUCCCUAUUUAAUGACUUUUUGAAUGAAGGUGAAUGUGUAUAGAUAGUGUAUAUACUUAGAUUUAAUAUUUCCUCUACGUGGUAUUGCAAAAACAGCAGGAGUUUUAGUCCAACAAACAUCUCAGAGAGCAGAAAUAUUUCACUGGUUCAGUGAAAGCUCAAUGGGUGGAGCUGAAGAGAAGGCAAGAGAAUAAUUUUGGGCAAUAAAAUUGGGCAAGCUCAGUUUAUUUUUCGGUUUAAGUAAAGGUGAAAGUUAAACCUUCACUGGUCAGCGCUCUGACGGACUAGAAAUCAGAUAGUUAUUGCUAUUUUGCUGCAGCUAUUUUGAAUGUGAAAGUUUAGCUAAGAUAACUUGCAUAGUUUACUUGAUAUUAGUAACUUGAAGCUUUACAGUUUAAAGCACAAUGAGCAGGAUUUUCCUAAACAAAAACACAAAAAUGAUCCCCCUUAAUCAUGACUUAUGACCCACUAGGAGUGUGUGUAGGUGUCUGUAUCUGCACACACACUGCCCUCCGUGUAUUUUCUCAUUUUGCUGUGUUCAGAAUAGAGUUGCAAAGGGGUGGAAAAUGUCCAGUAAAUGUCUAGAAACUCUCCUUGGAAGGUAAAGCUUGGGAAUUUUGUAAAUAUUCCAAAUCGGAAACUUUCCAUGGGAAUUUAUGGGAACUAACUGGAAGUUGGGGGUAAUUUAAAUGAACUGUAUCAUAUCCAAACAUAAGUAUAAACAUUUUAUUUUGUCAUAAGCAGACACCCAUGCAAAAUAAUGCAAUAAAAAAAAUUCAACAGAUUUAUUGAAGUUUUAAUUAUUUUAUUGAACAAAAACAGGAAUGUUGAUUUUAAUAUGACUAAUCCGACCCCCAUCCAUUCAAAAAAAGUAAUGUAGAAUGUAGUAUGUAGUAAAAUAACCCAAAUGUACUUGCAUGAAAUCUGUUUUUUUUAGUCAAGAUCAUGCUAGAAUAUUUUUGCUGUACUAUAUUAUAUUAUUGUUUGUAUUUUACAAACAAUAACUUAAAUAUAGUAUACAGUGUAUUAUAUUUAAGUUUCCUGUUAAGAGCCAACCUUCAAUUUUGUAAAUUGCUGUUUUAUUCCCAUAAAUUCCCAUUAAUUCCCAUGGAAAGUUUCCAACUUGGAAAAUUCAUGGAAUUUUGCAACCUUAGUUCAGAACUUAUCUGGGCCUUUAGGCACACUGGGUGCAAAGCCAUCAGCCACAGUUUAAAGUCUGUGCUCUAAAAACGUAGCCACCAGGUGCCAGAUUGUAAGCUUGCAUUCAACAGGAAGCUACCAAAGUGGACACAGGACCAAGUCAAGUCAAGUCAAUUUUAUUUAUAUAGCCCAAAAUCACAAAUCACAGAUUUGCCUCAAAGGGCUUUACAGACUGUACAUGGUACCAAGAAAAAAAAGUACAGCAGGACAAAACACAGUCAGGGGAUGAGCUCUUCUGGUGUCGGCCAAAUUUGCAUCUUGUGUAUACAAACUGCAAAAGACAAGUCACAGUCAUUCUGCUUUAUAAAGUAGCAAAACUGCUGCACUUCAUGACUUCAAAAAGAUGAAAUAUACAGGGUUCGUGCAGAUGCUUGAAAUCCUUGAAAAUGCUUAAAUUUUAAAGUUGUAUUUUCAAGGUUUGAAGUUCUUGGAUUUUGGAUAAAGUGCUUGAAAAUGCUUGAAAUUCUUAAUGUAUUUCUCUUGCAAUCUGACUAUAGAUAAUCACAUGUCCAAUGAAAAAAAAUAAAAUAAUUGAAUAUUGAGAUUAGCAAACUGUACUUUUGGUUGUUAAAAGUGUAAAACCAUUGCUGUCGGUACGGUUGAGUGAAAUUACCCCUUUUAGCAUGUAAGUACUCAUAUAAAACAUGCAACUUACAACCAUUGUAAGGUCCUGGAAAAGCUUGAAAAU